CCUGCGUCCAAAAAAUUGCACCUCGAGAAACCGGGAAAGGCCUCGUCGGUCCCAGCGCAGAAAAAACGAGCACGGCCUGUGGUGUCGGUGCGCGAGCCUCAGACGGACGACUCGGAUGCCGAGGAGGAGAAGUUGAUGGAGGAGGAGGAGGAACUGGACGGCCAUGAUCAUGACCUGGAAGGUGACAGUCUGGACGGGGACGGAGAAGGGCAAGGCAAAGGCGAAGGGGACGGGGAUGUGGACAUGGAGUCUACUCAAAAACCAAAAGAUCCCAAUGCUGCGCGUGAGUCCCACAAAAUCCAAAAGGCCCUCCAGGCAGAGCGCCGCGCCGCGAAACCGCACUCUGACCUCCUCACCGAGGCGAAGCGCGCUUGGUCGCUCGCGCGGCAGCAAAAUAUUGCCAAGAGCGAGCGUAAGAAGCACAUCGCAGCCCUCGAGGCUGUCGUCAAAGGCAAGUACCAGGAGAUCGUGUUCAAGCACGAUGCGAGCCGUAUCGUGCAGACGGUGAUCAAGUACGGAGACCAGAAGCAGCGGGACGCGGUUGCUGUCGAGCUGAAGGGGCGGUAUAAGGAGCUGGCGCAAAAUAAGUACUCAAAGUUUUUGGUGACGAAAAUCAUCCGCCUGUGCCCCGCCCACCGCCUGUCCAUCCUUCUCGAGUUCCAAUCCCACGUCAUCCGCCUCCUCUUGAACCGCGAAGCGUCUCACGCCAUCGCAGACACUUUUGAGCUCUACGCCAACGCAUACGAGCGCGCGGUCCUGUUGCGCGAUUUCUACGGCAAGGAGACGACGCUGUUCUCGAAAAGCACCGGGAAUGAGAGCGUGGAGGAGAAGGAUGAGUUCAAGAAAGGGUUGAGAGGAGUGUUGGAGGGCGUGGACUCUGACAGGCGGAAGAGGGUGCUGAGUUCAUUGAAGGACAACUUGCUCAAUAUCUUCAAUAACUCGGAGAAGGGAUCCGUUCGGCAUGCUAUCGUGCAUAGGGCGCUGUGGGAAUAUAUGAUAGAAGUCGAAGAAUCACCGGAGGAAGAGGAGCGGGAGAAGCUUCGGAGAGAGAUGUUUGAGAACUGUCAGGAUAUCUUAGCGGAGAUGGUGCACACAAAGGACGGCAGCCGUGUUGUCCGCGAAUUCCUUGCUCGAGGAACGGCCAAGGACAGGAAAAUUAUAAUCAAAACUAUCAAGCCAUACAUCGAGACAAUGGCUAACGACGACGAGGCUCAACUAGUACUCUUUACUGCCCUGGACGUUGUCGACGACACGAAGAUGCUCGCUAAAUCUCUCAUCCCUUCUUUGACCGCUCACGCUUCCACGCUCCACAAGACCUCUCAGGGUCGACGUACCCUCUUGUACCCGCUUGUUCCCCGCUCACGUAGACAUUUUACGCCCGCCAUGAUCGUCUCUCUUGAGGAGACCGACGCCCUGCGCGAAAAGACAAGUAAAAAAGACGUGGACGUGCGUGUGGCCGAGGUCAGGUCUGCGGCGAGUCAAGAACUCCUGGAUUGGGUGACAAAGGACGGGGCUGCGGUGUGUAGAGAGACAGGCGGAAGCUUGAUCGUGCUGGAGAUCCUGCUCGAGGCUGAGGGCGAUAAAACAUUAGCGAUGGAAACCCUCCUCCGUCCUCUCGCGUCCCCGUAUCCCUCCGAAGACCCAUCAACCCCUCAUCCAAUCGACCUCCCACACACCUCUCGUCUCAUCAAAAACCUUCUCCAAGGCGGGCACUUCUCGCACUCCACACGGACCGUCGAGAAGUCCUCCCGGUUCUCUGCAAAGGAGUUUGCGGAGAUGUUCGUGCGGCUUGUGGGGAAGGAGACAACUGUUGCGAUGGCCAAGGGGUCAGGCGCGUUCGUGGUUGCAGAGUUGGUCGAGAGGGUGUCGGCGGAGGGAAGCGAUGAGACGAAGGGGGAGCUCAAGGAGUGGAUGAAGCGCAUAGGGAGUGCUGGAGAUGAGGUCAAGGGGUGGGGUGUGCUCAUGGAGAAGGUGGAAGCAUUAAAAGUAUGAUGAGGUCCCACGAGAUGCUUUCG